ACUAGUCAAAAACAUCUGUACAGUUUUGCACAGAAUCCAAUACGUGCGGUUGUUGGACUGUGGUUGAAUAUUUUCGUGAAUUCGUCUGGAUACUGGCAUUCAAUGUUCAUUUAAUAGUUAUAAAUAUACAAAUUUACGACACAUAAAAUUUGGACAUACAGCAUUACAUUAUACGCGAAAAUAUAAUACCUCUGCCGCAAAGUAGUUUGUGUACCUCCGCCCCUUAUAAAUAAACCAAUAAGCAACAUCAAUAAAAUGGCCCAACAAGCAUUGCCACAACCGCAACAACAGCAAUUUGCUCUGCUGCCGAAAAUCAUCAAUGGUGGUAUCGCCGGUAUUAUCGGUGUCUCCUGCGUAUUCCCUUUGGAUUUGGUCAAAACCCGUUUGCAGAAUCAACAAGUCGGUCCAAAUGGCGAGAAGAUGUAUAAAAACAUGUUCGACUGCUUCCGCAAGACAUACCGUGCUGAGGGUUACUUCGGCAUGUAUCGCGGUUCGGGUGUCAACAUUCUACUCAUUACGCCCGAGAAGGCUAUCAAACUGACUGCCAACGAUUACUUCCGUCACAAGUUGACCACCAAGGAUGGACAACUGCCAAUGAGCAGUCAGAUGUUGGCUGGCGGUUUAGCUGGUGCAUUCCAAAUCAUUGUUACGACUCCUAUGGAGUUAUUGAAAAUUCAAAUGCAAGACGCUGGCCGUAUUGCAGCACAAGCCAAAUUGACGGGUAAAACGGUUGAGAAAGUUUCAGCAACCAAAUUGGCCUCACAGCUGCUCAAAGAGAAGGGUAUUUUUGGUUUAUACAAGGGUAUUGGUGCAACUGGUGCGCGCGAUGUAACCUUCUCAGUAGUUUACUUCCCGCUGUUUGCCACAUUGAAUGCGCUUGGACCACGUAGAAAUGAUGGUUCUGGAGAGGCAGUAUUUUGGUGUUCCUUCCUAUCUGGCUUGGCGGCUGGUUCAUUCGCUGCGCUGUUUGUGAAUCCAUUGGAUGUGGUGAAGACACGUCUACAGGCGAUUAAGAAAGCGGAUGGCGAGAAGGAGUUUAAGGGCAUUGUAGAUUGCAUUAGCAAAACGUUCAAGUAUGAGGGUCCGACAGCGUUCUUCAAGGGUGGUCUGUGUCGUAUGAUCGUGAUUGCGCCACUCUUUGGCAUUGCACAAAUGGUUUACUUCCUUGGCGUAGCUGAGGGGCUGUUAGGCGUGAACAAGAAGGACUAAGGACGCACACCGCAAAACAAUUACUGUUAGUUUAGUUAAUAUAUCAAGUUUAAAUGAAGUUAAAAGAUCAUUGUAAAUUUAGUAUUUACAAAAAGUGCGGUUUAACUGAUGUUAGCAGUUAAAAAAAAAAAAAAAAAUACUAUCAAA